AUGCCUGAAAUUCACUGGCCUGGUUAUAAUUAUCUCGGACCGUUUACAAAAUCUAAGAAACCAAUAAACAAAUUAGAUGAAGCUGCAAUGGAACAUGAUUUUUACUAUGAAAAACAUAAAGAUACCAAAUCUAGACAUAAAUCUGAUUUAAUUUUAGAAAAUAUUGCAAAAGAUAUAUACAAAAAUCCUGAAACAUCUUUAGGUGAAAAAACAGCAGCUUUUGCAACUAGUAAUACAAUGAAAGUAAAAAGAAAAUUAGGAAUGGGUCUUUUUUAAAUAAAAAAAAAUUAAUAUUUUGUAUAAUAAAUGAAUCUUAAUUUAAACGAUGCACAAUCGAAAAAAAUUAAAUCUGCGCAUAAUAAAAAAAUAUAUGUAACAAUUCAACUAUAAAAAAACCGAAUUGGAACAGGAAAUCAAAAGUUUAAUUUAACCGAAACACAAAUAAAAAAAUUAAACAAAUCUAAGAAAAAAAAUGAUCGAGGAUAGAAUUGAAAUAUGAACAAAUUAAACAAGGUGGAUUUCUUCUACUUCUUUUCGCUGGAAUAGGAGCUGCAAGUGCAUUAGCUGGGGGAAUAAGUUCGAUUGGAAAUACUAUUAUAGAAAGAAAACAUAAGAUAGCAGCGAAAAAGAACAAGAAAGACAUAAUAAAGAAAUGGAAACAAUUGUCAAUAAUGUUAAAACUCUACAAGUUGGAUCUGGAAUUAAAAAGAAGAAAAUAUAUUGUAGUACUCCUGUGAUAAAAAAAAGAAAAUCAGUCCAUUAACUAAUUUCGAUAUCAUGUAAGUAAGUAAAAAAAUUUAAAAAUUUUCGAGGAUGUUUUAUGAGAGAUGAAUUACCUAUAGAAACUUUAACGAAUGAAUGUGGAAUAUUAAAUUUAAAUAAUUCUGAUCAAAAAGGAUCACAUUGGGUUGCAUGGAUAAAAUAUGAAAAUUUAAAAAUUUAUUUUGAUUCUUAUGGUAAUGCUAAUCCACCAAAAGAAUUAGUAAAAAAGUUAGGAGAAAAUAAUCUUAAAAUAACAUCUAGAAGAUUUCAAGACUAUAAUGAUCCGCCUAUUUGUGGAUAUUUGUGUUCGGAUUUUAUUAAAAAUUAUAAAAAAUAUACCUAAAUUAUAUAUCUAAAUCUUUUUUUAAUCAGGUUUCUGAUUAAAAAAAAUAUUCAUAUUUCUUUAUUAUAAAAAAAAACUUUUUUAUUUUUUUUAUCUUAUAUAUAAUAAAUGGAAAGUAUUUUUAAUAAAUAUGACGAUCACAAUAUAAAACAUAUGAAGCAACAUCAGAAACAAAUUUUAACAUAGAUGGUGGUAUUAUAACCUUUGAAAUAGAAGUUUCUGAUAGUUUUCUCAUUAUUAAACAUGCAAAAUAUAAUAUUAGUGGAAAAUACUUAAAAAAUAACAAUACUGAAUAUGAAGCUAAUAGUAAUGUUCAAUUAGAUGAUAAUUUUGUCGCAUUUUUAUUUUCACAAAUUGAAGUAAUAAAAAAUGGAACAUUAUUAGAUCAAGCAUAAUCAAAGUAUGUGUUAGUUAUUCUUUAGAUGAAAAUGGACCAACAAUUAAUUCUGGAUUUCAAUCAAGAUUUACAUGUGGGGGAAGAUUUGAAGGUGUUUGGAAUUUGUCUAAUCUAUGUUUAGGUUUUUUUUAAAGAUAUUAAAUAAUCAAUUUUUAAAGGAGGAAUUAAAAUAAAUUUUAAGAGAGCUACAGACGAUGAUGCAUUAUAUAGAUGGAUUUCUUCACCUUCUGCAGCACUUGAUGCUGGAAAAGUUAUUAUUGAGAAUUUUGAGAUUACAACCCCAACAGUAGAAUAUUAAGAAAUUUAUAAAAUACAAUUAAUAAAUGAAUUAACAAAAUUAUCUCAAGGAAAUAAUUACAGGCUACAUUUUAAAUCUUGGCAAUAUAUGGGCGAAUCCAAUUUAAGUGGAAAAACAUUCAAGAGAAAUAUCGCAAGUAUAUAUAGAAAUAUUCAUAACCCAUUAUUUGCAAUUGUAGUUUUCCAAACAAAUGGACUAGAAAGACAAAUAAAAAAAACUUCUCUAUUUGAUCAUCGUAAUGUGAAAAAUAUUUGGUAAGAAAGUGAUGGGCAGAGAUACCCACAAGAAUAUCCACAUUAAAUUUAAAUUGGAAAAAUGGGAAAUUUUAAUUUGCAUAUGAUAUGUAUAUGUCAUAUAAGAAAACAUUCCAUAAAACACAUCAAGAACUUCCUCUGGUAUAUCUAACCCUAUUUAAUUUAAAAAAGCAAGACCAAUGUAUGUAUUAAAUCUUACUAGACAACCUGAUAAUGUUAGUGGAAAUAGAAAUAAUAUUAUUUAAAACGUAGAAUUUAAUGAGGAUGUACCAAAUGGUACAAUUUGCUAUAUUUGUUUAGUUUUAAGUUCUGAAUUUACAUAUGAUAUCGUGCAAAACACAAUUAGAAAAAACAUCUAAAACUAUAAAAAUAUUUUUUUAAUAGAAAUAUUCUGUUAAGAAAGAAAAAUGAAUUUAUGUUAAUAAAUAAGGGCAAAGAAUUUUUAGAACCAAUACACUGUCACAAAUGCAAAAAGAAAACUAAAUAUUUUAAACCAAUAAAGGUUCAAACAGCAAAUGGUCUAUGGAGAAUUUCAACACAAUAUUUAAAAUGUAAAACAAACAAAAGUAAAUUUAUUAAAACACCUUUAGGAAAAGAAACAAUCUCAAAAAUAAAAUUUGAAAAAUAACAGAACAAUAUAAACUAAAUAUUGCAAAAGAACUUCAUAAACCAGUAAGAUCUCGAUUUCCAAAAAAUAAAAUAAAAACACAUGGUAUUGAUGAUUUGUGGGUUGCAGAUUUAGUUUUAAUGAGAAAUUAUGGUGAUGAAAAUUCAGGUUAUCUAUAUAUGUUGAAUGUUGUAGAUACUUUUUCAAAAUUUGCUUGGUCUGAAUCUCUUAAAAAGAAAGAUGGGGAAAAUGUUACAAAAUCUUUUGAAGAAAUAAUAAAUAGAGCUAAAUUACAGGAACACAAUUCUCCAACAUUACUUCACACUGAUAAAGAAACAGAAUUUGUAAAUACACAGUUUAAGGAAAUGUCAACAAAAAAAAUAUAA